AUGUUUCGUUCGUGGCAAAGAUUCGUCAAUUUCCAGCUGGCUACAAAUAUAUUGCAAAAACAUGGAUUAGACAUAAGGCCUGAUGGAAUGAAGAUAUAUUUGCAAGUAACACCCUACUGCGGUGCAUCGUUAUGUCAACUAACACAAUUUCGAGAGUUGCACUGUUCACCGCUAUAUUUGAAAAAGAAAAGGAAAGCGAAAAUCAAAGGAUUUGAUGAUGAAAACGCUGAUGAUAGGAAUGGUGAUCCGGCUAAAGCUUACAGUUGUGAUUUUAUCAUACAGCAUGGAUUGAAGGAGAUGAAAAGCUUGGAGGAUAUCUUCGUGCAGGAACUUUAUAAAAGUCUUUCAUUGAAGGUUGAUUUACGAACAUAUGAAGAUUUUGUGGUGAAAACAGAGGAUGGAAAGCAAUAUAAGUUAAACACGCUUGGACGAAUCAAAUUAGUAAAUCCACUGUUGGUUUCUGUAGAUUUUACGGAUAAUCCGUCAGUAAUAAAGUCAGCGCGUCUCGCUAUUGAACAAUCAAAACUUAACGUGACAGUACGUCAGGAAGGCGCUGUAUUGUAUAUCUCUUUGCCACGGAUAACACGUGAACGACGUGAAGAUAUGGCAAAUAUAGCAUCCAAAAAGUUGCUCAACGAAUAUAAAAAAGCUUUAAAUGAAGUUUAUUCAAAAUAUGAUCGAGAGAUAGAAGAUCACGAGGAAUUUCAGAAAAUUAUGCAAGGUUUGUUGAAGGAAAAGAAGGCUAUGGAAAAGAAAGCAAUAAUGAUGAUUGAAGAAAAUCGUAACAAACUGCUUACUGAAGUUGUCUGA